AUGCCUAUCCACGAAUUCCGCUGCGACCAGUGCGGUCAACGCCAAGCCCGUUUGAUAUACAGUUGGACUCCCGCCGACGGUUUGGAGUGCAGGGGGUGCGGUGCAAACGACCUGACGAGACUGGUGUCCGGUUUCUCCUUCCACCGGUCGUGGGGCGAUAGCCUGAACUGGAUGCCUGACAACUCAACGGCCGAUCUGGACAACCAGCACGCCGGCAGCAUUGACGCUCAUCUGGGCCGAAUGGACGAAGCAAUGGGCGGCCGGGUUACGCCCGAUUUCCACGAGCACCGGCACGAAAUUGCGCACCCAGACGACUAA